AUGGCGACUGACGGCAUCAAGAGCGACAGCGACAGCUACAGCACACAGACGCCAAACCAACGCUUCGCUGCUGUUGUCGAUGACUUCCUCUCUCAGCUGUCCAAGAGACACGCGAAACACCCCUUCAUCAACAAGUCAUCCAGGGCUUUGGACAAGCUGGGGCCCUUCUUGCUGUCCUUGACCAAGCUGGCCAAGUUCUGCGAGACCGUCUUCGGGGCCAGUCCCAUGGCGGUGGCUGCCAUCUUCUCUGGCGCUCGCAUGGUCUUGAUGCUGGCACUGAAGACCCAGGAGUGUUUUAAUAUAGUUAUUGAAGCGCUCGACGAGGUCGAUACAUACCUUCAUUGCUACGACAACUUCUACGAUGCCUAUCGAGAUGACCCAGUCAUGCAGACGAGACUGGUGGCAUCCUACAAAAAAAUCCUCCAGUUCUGGUGGGAAUCCAUCAAGGUCCUCUCCAGUCCAGUUUACAAGAGCAUCGUCAAGGGGCUUAUCACUCCAAUUGAUAAAGAUAUCAAGGAUUGUCUACGCACCAUCAAGGGGGACCGUAUAAGCGUUCAGUACAUGCUACGAGAUCAGAUCAUCCAAUGGGUCGCCGGCCCCGAAGGUCCUUCCAAGCUUGAGCCUCGCCACAGUCUAUGUCUGGACUGGGAAAAGUUAGAUCCUGUCCUAUGGUACAACGCACCUCCUGGCUGCGGAAAGUCAAUCUUGGCCUCCCAGAUUGUCAGCCGCUUAAAGCAGGAGAACCACAAGGUGGUCUGGUAUUUCUGCUCCUUCAAUGACCCCAUCCGCAAAGACCCUCGAAAUGCACUUCGUUCCAUUGCCAUACAGUUACUCUGCAGGUACAUGUCCAAGAGGAUACCCGACAAAGUUGUUGACAUGUUCCGCGAGGACCAAACCCAUUCCAAUAAUCACAUCAGCCAUGAAAUCCCUCUCAUGACCGUUGUCCAUGAGCUUCUCAAGGCUGCGAGCCUUACUCACAUCGUUGUGGACGGUCUUGACGAAAUAAUUGGGUUAGACCAGGAAAGGCCGUUUGCUUCUCAUAGCAUGUUUGAGCAACUGAUUCUAAAGGCUUCAGAGCGACAUGGUACCACCAAGUGGUGUUUCACGAGUCGCAAUGAAGGCCCAAUUGGAGCAACCAUGUCAAAGGUCCAAGCAUUGCACAUCGUUCCUCCACCAGCAAGCUUGGCUCCAGACAUCAAAGCCUACCUUGAAGACGUGCUUACUGAGAAGGAACUUUCGCCGGAUCAGCUUGAAGACUUGGUGGAAGCGUCGGAGGGCAACUCCCUCUGUGCAAAAUUGCGUACAGAUACCCUGCUUGGACAAGGCGUUACUUGCGAGGAAGAGGCGGAAGAGGAACUGAGAACUUAUCCCAAGGGGUUGAGCGGCUGUUACUUGCGCAGUCUCGAGAAACUCAAUUAUCGGACUACUUAUGAGCAAGAGCUUGCAAGUCCGGAUGGCUUGCCAGAAUCCUUUGAAACCGACCCUGAGCACGCAUUCCUUCCAUAUGCUUCUGUCUUUUGGUUUCAGCAUUUGGACAUGAGAGGUGUGGCUCGCGAGGAAAUGCGCCAAGAGAUCCGAGAUUUUCUCCAAAGCUGCGCCUUCUGGACUGCCUUCAGAGUACAGACCAGAGUCACCCCCUAUCUGUUUGCCCGAUACGUACAGCGUGGCAGCUGUGGUUACAGCAUGAGAGCCAAUGGGUCGGACUGGACUAAUCAGACUUCAUCGCUUCGACCAUACCACUUUGGUGGGAUAAGCCGGGUAAUGGGGCAUUGUAAAAAAAUGAUCUGGAAAUCCUUCACCAUUUCCAACGCUUCAUCUUGGAGUGGCACGAGGCACUCACGUCUGACACGGAUGCUCUGUUGCUAUGCCCUAUGGACCUUGCAGCUUCUGGUUCUUUUCCGGGGAGAGCAAAGUUCUUGGACAAGACAAUCAAGCGAGUCGCCCUUGGCCCACGUGCGCUGGAACCAAGCAUUCCGUCAUGUUGGCUCUUUCGGCUCGCUGCCGGCCGUUGAUCCUCCCGGGAUGUACUCCAUCUGCCAGCACAACCUGGAUGUUGCGGUUAUAACCGCUGACGGAGAACAGUCCUAUCAGCUACCCAAAAGACUCGUAAAGGAGUGUCUUCCCACUACGGCUCAGAGAUGGCAGCUCGUCAACGAGGAACGGAUUGCUUCCAACGAUACAGGUAGGGUCAUUGUGGCGUGUCAUUUCACGCGAGUACAGAGACCUUCUCAAUCCUUGGCGAGACUCCGAGGGCUCGCAGAAAAUACCGGACAGAGGAGCGAGGAAUCCGCAGGAGAUGAUGUUCAGUCUGAGUACGACGAGCAAGAAGAGAAUGAUGAAGAGUUCGAUGAGGAGGAAUUCGACGAAGACGAAGAAGACAGUGAAAGUGAAACUGGCAGUGAGACGAAAGGGGAUUCCAGCGGUAUUGAAUCGUCAACGGAUGUGACUGAGCCCGAGAGCGACACCGUCACGGAUGUUCUGGUAAUCGCUCGUGAGGAAGGCAAUCCUAUUUGGAUCCCGUGCCCUGGAAGUCAAAAUACAAAAAGGCAGAUGGGCGGCGCGCUGCACCCCAGCGAGCCUGUGUUUGUCUGGGCACAAGAUGCGGAAAGCUUAAGCAUCAUGAACACAGUCAGCGGCAAAACUACAAUCUCUAGCCUGCCUGAGCUGCCCAAAGGGCAUGAUGGUCCUUUGUUGCCGCAAGCUCAGCUUGUUGACGAGGAGCAAAUCCCGAUCCUUAGGACACACUUCGGUUCACGGUUGCUGACAGAAAUCCGCUUCUCCCCAGACGGCUCUUUGCUGUAUGCCCUGUUCGUCAACUUUGAGGCUGCAAGCUCUCAUGUCACGAAAGCAACUGUCUCACUUGUCAGAUUCCGGUUCGAAGCGGGUGGUGAUACCGGAAUGGGGAUUCCGAGACUUGAGCAGUCUGGCGGUGCGUUGACGGCUGCCUACCUCUUUUAUAGGAAGCUGGAUGACUUGCCAGUACCGCUUGGUGUCACCUAUUGGUGUUCAGACGCCAUCUACAUCUGUCUUCCACUGUUGGCCUGCAGUGUCAAGUUCAUCAAAAUGCCCUUCAACCCCUCAGCCUCUGACCACCCGCAGUCGAAGGUAGAGCCGAAAGUCCAGACACUCAACCGCACGAUACUCAUCCCCUCAUCAACGAGUCAGCGCCGGCCCCGUCUACUGUACCAACCCGCCGCCAAAUCCAAGCCCGACGACUCCCUCUAUCUCGUGCUCGGUCCAGAACCCAAGCUAAAAAUCCCCGGCGAAGCAGAAGAUCGCCAAAACCGGCAUAACGCAGGAUGCUGCUCCGAGCAAUGUGACCACGAAGACAUGACCACCUGUGACCAUAAUCAAGGGAAGUUCGGACGCGGCGGUGCUUCAGUCAUCAGAUGGAGCGUCCCCCGGGAAGGCGGUUGGAGGAACUGGGAUCCAGAGAAGGACUCUUUGUCAGAUGAGCUCAAGAGGAAACCCAAGAAACCGUCGCUCUGUACGUUCAACGAACUGAGAGGGACGUUCAUCGAUGCGGAUAAGAUGUUUUCGGUGCCGAUUCGCGGGGCGUUGAAUUUCACUUGGAAGGGGUAUUUGUCUUGUGGUUAG